UCACUUCCUUUUUGGCGAAUGUGAACGGUGUAAGGAUGGCGCGGACCUGGUGGAAAUAUGCUUCAAGAUUUUUUUUAAUCGCUGUCUACAAGCAAGUUGAAAGUUGCUAAUUGACUGCAAAUUAUAUUUUAUGAGCGCGAUAGCAUGGGUGUCACAUCCUGAACUCCGCUGUACAGUGUUUGGUCCAUCUUACUGUUUUAUAUCCGCCUGUUGUCGUUUGCUCACUACCAGAGAUACAGCUAACUGAAAAUGGAUUUAAUGGAUGAACUUCGUGGAGAUCGUAUUGAUCAGCCCUCAGGUAAAUCUCUGCAUUACAAUGAGGACUCAGUGGACAUUUACUCUGGCCUGGAGAACAGCCCUAAGGGUGAUGGGCACAGAGGUGAAGUCAACCCGUUCAUUUCCCCACGAACAAUGGAAUCAAUGGAUAUAUAUGAGGAACUUAUCAGGGAAGAACAAGAAGAAAAGGAGGCAACUUACAAUGAGCUAAAGCAAAAAUUUGAUGAUGCACAAAAACAAGUUAAUGAACUGCUCUCAAAGUUACAGCUACUGCAGACAAAGAAUUCAAGUUUGAGCAGUGAAAACAUACUUCUGAAGAAGAACAUUUGUUCUCUCGUCAAGACUGCUAGAAUGGAGAUUGUGCGUAAGGAUGAGGAGAUUAGCAGACUCAGCAAUAGGUCCAGUCGAGGAAGUUAUGGUCAAAAUUUCCGUCGAUCUCAAAUGGAAAGUGGUCCAGCAAACACAAGGCACAGUUUGAACAAUCCUUCAAGUUCUGUUUUAGGAUCACAAGGUGCUAGACAAGAUAAUACUAUGAAUGAAUUAAAUCAACACAAGGGCAGAAACACUGUGUCGGAUCACCCUGCAUAUCCGCCAACUGCAGCACCACAACCAUUUGAGGUGCUCCAGAGAUGCCCUAGAACUGAUCUUGAAAGUCCUCUGAACUGUCAGAAUAAAUCUGCUGAAACCCUGACUGUCCAACCAGAGCAAGACUACGAACCUUACAGAACAUCAGGGAGUAUAAAAAAUCCCCCCACAGUUGCAGAUGUCUCGAAUGCUCCCAAAACGAAUAACUCUGGACCGAGAGCUCCCGAUACAACUACUAAUUGUCGAUUCAGUAGCUUGAAGGGAAAUAAGAACCCUCCCUUAAAACAUAUAGGCAGUCUAGAAAAACCACAGAAUUGCACAAUAACUGAAAAAGAGCUUGCAAAAGAUAGUUCUGUGUCUAGUGAAAACAGAAAUCAGCAGCCUGAGGUUCCAGUCGUUCGUACUAGUUCAGAACAAUCGAUAAGCCCUUCCUCCCUGUCACACAAAGCCUUGCCACCUGUCCCUUCACAGCCAUCUAAAAGUUCAGUUAAGACAGCUGCAGAUGUGGAGACACAGAGUCAAGGACACAUGCAUAAUCAAAAUGCAGACAGAACUAGCAGAGAAGCAAGACACUCUGGCUUGAGAAGUACAGAUUGUACUGUGGUGGAUGAAGAAAGCCAUUCCCAAAACCACAAAUGGAAGAAAACAGAUUCAAGUAGCCAUAGAAGGAAAGAGAAGAAAAGUUCCAGUACAGCGAGGAGGAGCAGCAGAAUGGAAAGAAGCAGAGACCAUGAACAAAAGAGGCCAAAGGAGAGUGAGAGGAGUAAAAGAGGUGAGGGUAACAACUGCAGUAGUAGUAGAGAGAGAAGCAGUAACAUAUCAGUCAAAGAGUAUGAGCGAAGGAGUACAAAGGAGAUGGCUAAUAAAAAUAAAGAUGAAGAUAAAAGAUCUAAGAAACAAGUUGAUGUCUUUGACAGUAGGCAAGCUUUUUCUUCUCCCAAACUUGAUUCUCAACGAAAGGAUGUUUAUAAGGGCAAAUCAUCAAGCAGAAUCGAUGAGCCAUCAACAAAAAGCAAACGGUCUCAUUGCUAUGAUAAUUCUAGAAUGGAGGAUUUGAAAUGCCCUGUCAAAAAUGGAAGUUCUGAAAAGAACUGUUUUGAAGAGAAGGGUAUAGUCAAGGACAGAGAAAGAAAAAGAGGUGGACAUUUGAAGGAGCAUAGGGUGCAGAAGCAUGGAGAAUCAAAACAUUUUCUUACUAAAGAUGACAGAAAGAACUCUCGUAAAAAACACAAAAAUGCCAGAAAAGAUCAAGAUAGUAAGACUGAAAAGGACAAACAUCUUGAAUCUGUUCAUGCAGAGUCACCAUCAGUGGUAGCUGUCAGCAUAAAUCCCUGCCAAACAUCCGAGGAUAAUAGUCCAGACAGAAAACUGAGUUUCAUGGAGACAUUGAACCUCACCCUAUCGCCUCUUAAAAAACAGAAGCAGUCCUCUGAAUCCACAGAAGCCAUUGGAGCAGCAUCUGAAGAUGCCUCCUCAUAUAACAGCAGAUUAUCCGACGCUGGGGAGGAAUUCUAUGUCAUAGAUGAAUUAAAGAACAGCCAGCAGAGCGAUGUGGAAAUGGAUAAGAACCCUGAGGCCACAACUGCAGGGGAAAAAGAAGACUUUACCAGUUCUUGUAAACAGUCUAGACAAGUUUUUGAUCUCUUCACAGCUGUAGCUUCUGAGAAGCUCUCAGCAGAAGAAACAGAUAUGGAGGUACAAGAAGAGAAUGCCACUGAAAGUCAAGAGGCUGUGGACAAAGUGCCAUGGAUUGUUAAAACCUCAGAGGAGAAAAGAGGCAAGACUUCAGAUUCCAAUGUGUUAGACAAAGACUCAUUAUCAAAAUUAACCCUUACAAGAGAGUCUCCAAAUCGUGUCUGUGAGAAUGACACAGAAGACUCUCUGGGAAUUAUUAAUAAUGCCAUUGUCUCUAUCACUUUGCCCUCUAAAACAUCAGAAGUGGUAGUUUCAGAUAAUACUCCUGAUUCAAUAGUUGAUGGUUGUCAGCAACAAGAUCAUUUUGCCACUUUGUCUGAGGAGACUUCUCACAUGGAAAUCCAAAGGAAUCCUCAGGCCAACUCUCAAGAUUUACUACCAGCAUCAAAAGGGAUUUGUCAAGAUGAUGUGUCAUGCUCUGACAAGGCACAAAGUAUUCCUAAUAUUAAUUCUUCUGGGAGAUCUAUCAACAUGGAAGUUUCGUCUAGUACAAUUAGUGUAGAUCUAGGUGACCCAAGCAAAGUUAUUUGUGAUGUUGAACAAGUGGGCACUUCAAAACAGGACAAUAAGAGAGCAGGGGAAACAUUUGAAUAUUCAAAAUCAAUUAAAACACAGCACACAUCUGAAAAUUUGAAAAUAUCUGAAAAAUCCCAUCAAAGUCCAUUAUGGAGUCAGAACACUAUGGCUCCAAAUAAUAGCACCACUGUUGAAGAGGAUACCAUGUCGUCAUCACAACCUGGUUUCUUAGAGCCAGAUUCCACAGAAAAAGAAGAACAGGACACAAAGUCCUUGAACCCUGUUGUGCUUUGCCAUGAUGAAGACUCCAUGAUGCUUACCCUGAGGAACAUCAGAGUUAUUCCAGAGCCCAUCAGCCCUCUCACAAGCCCAGUCCGUCAGGUGAAAAAAAUGCAGCCUCAGCCUGCUGAGAAGCAACCACAUGUCAAAAGUCUUAACAAAGAUCUCUCAACUGUAACAACUGGCAGUGAUAAGGAUAAAGUAAAUAUGGACAUGAACAAGGAGAAUAAAUCACCUGACUCUUCUGUCACAGCUUCUUCCAACAAAGGGACAAAAGAUGCCCUAUCGGCUUCUGGAACUGAGGAAGAUGAGCUGGAGGAUGGUGAGAUAGUGAGUGAGAGUGAAGAAGAGGGACCUCUGUUUAUACAGACUCCUCCAAGAGAAAAGGAAAAACCAACCUCAGGGACUCCAAGUCCAAAGCUAUCUGCAGUUCGGAAAAGAGUGUCCCAAAAGAAAUCUUGCGCCCCUGCUAAAUAUUCAGAGCAAAGCAAGUGUUCAAAGUCGUCUGCUUCUAACGACAGUCCCACCUCUAGUAAGAGACGCUUUAAAACUGUCAGCCCACCAUUCAAAGCAGCGGUCUAUACGCUAGAUGGAUUUAUGGACAUGUUAGGAUCUAUUCGAGUUGAGUUGAGGAAAAAGUACAUGAAGCUUCAGAAAAAUGUCACUAAGACUGCCUUCUGCUGUAUAGUGGAUAUGUCUCAUGCCUCUUUUACAGAAUUUAUCAAUGCGGUUGACAUGGAUAAGUUGUGCUGCCAAGGUAAUGACAUCAAAGUUAGACUAAAUAAGAUUAUUUCGUCAAUAAUGAGCAAGGUCAGCAAGAAUGGCAUCGUCAAUCGUAUCUUUGAGCAGAGAGCUGGAGACCUCAAGCAGAAGUUGUGGACAUUUGUGGAUGGGCAGUUUGAUUUCUUGUUCAAGGAACUGAAGACAGCACUCAAAAGUGAGUCUGAGCCUUCCAAGAAUGUAUCAAAUGAAAAUAAAAAUGCAACCCUUAAAAGAAAAGAGGAUGAAAGUGAGGUGGUAGGAAAAGUACCAUUUAGCACACCUGGGCAUCUUUACAGUGUCAAGUCAAAAGUUGACACAGGAAGUUUCGUCAGAGAGUCCCCUGCAAAUAAUCUGCCUCGCAGGGGCCUUGGGAGCCGAGGUAAAAACAUUAAAGCUGUCAUGAAUGAAGACGAUCAGCCGGCAAAGGUGACGACAUCACAACAGCUUCCUACUUCAUCCUCUGAAAGGUCUUUCCACAAAGGUACCUCAGAAUCUGACAAUAGAAUCUCUUCCUAUGUCCGACGUCUCUCCCAUAAUGGAUCGAUUCAGGAUAAGUCAGACUUUGAAAUUCUAACUGAGCAGCAGACAUCAAGCUUAACCUUCAACUUGGUCUCUGACUCUCAAAUGGGAGAGAUAUUCAAGUGUCUUUUGCAAGGGUCUGAUUUGCUUGAAUCCAGUGUACCUGUUGGUGACAAUACAAGUUGGCCACUCAGCACACCUCGAAAAGAAGGGCUUCCAGGGGAUAGUUUGAUUGGGAUUAUGACCCCUAACAAGACAACCCCAUCUAAAUUAAUCACAUCCUGGUCUUCCAUUUCCCCCUUCAAGUUUGCUUCAAACAGCAAAAUGCUGGUAGACCCAGCAAUUCUCGAUGAGAGCUGCUUGUUAGAAGUUCCCUCUAAUUCUGAACCAUGCCAGCUUCCUCUUCAGUCAACUGUAAUCUCUCAAAGGUCCUUCUCUAUCUUGGCGGAAGAUCUAGCUGUGUCCCUUACCAUUCCCUCACCAUUAAAGUCCGAUAGUCACUUGAGUUUUUUGCACCCUGGAACUGGACAGCCAUUAUCUGCCCCAGACAGUGUCCUCAGUGCCCAUUAUAGUGAAGACGCUCUUCUUGAUGGAGAAGAUGCCACUGAACAGGACAUCCACCUUUCUCUAGACACCGACAACUCCAGUUGUGGGUCGAGUCCCAGCAGGACAUGGGAGGGCUCUGAUCCAUCCGGGUUCCAAUUCCAACCUAAUUUACAAAUGCAGGCUGUGGUAAUGGAGAGGUCAAAUGAUCAUUUCAUUGUGCGAAUAAGACGGACAUCUACUGGCCCAAUUGAAAGUAAACAAAAUGAAGGGAAAGCAGUACCAGCAUUACCUGAAUGUUUAGAGCCAUCUCUCGAGCCUACUCUUGCUCUGACCCAUGACGACUUGGGUCCUGAACCUGGAGAGAUGUUGAACAAAAGCCCAACCAAGGUAAACGAGUCAUGUCACAUUGCAGAUAAAGCAAGAGAAGCUCAACAGUCAAGCCAAAAAUCCUCACCUGAAGGUGCUUGUGAUGACAACUUGUCCUGCAACAAUACUGAGCCUGUUUCCAUAGAAGCAUUCGUUACUGCUCCUGAGCAAAGCAGUGCAACAGAGGCUGAAACAUCAGAGAAGAUGUCAGGAAAUGUAAGGAACACAACUCAGAGCCCAAGUGCACCAGAGUCUAAAUCCAAGAGGGUGUCAAAGAAACGCAAGGAGCACCAAUCGGAGCACCAAUCGGAGGCAAAGCGCCAAAAGGUAGAAAAAUUUCAAGAUAAACAUUCCAAGUCCAGGCAUAAGAAAAGGUCAAAAUCCUCCAAAGAAAAAGGCUUAAAAACUGCAAUACCCCAGGUGUCCCCUAGCAGCCUGUCUGCUAAGAAUGUGAUCAGGAAGAAAGGGGAAGUGGUGGUGGCAUGGACCAGGGAUGAAGAUCGGGACAUACUCAUCGAGCUUAAAAUGAAGGGGACUUCACCCAAGACAUUUGCUGCUCUGUCGAAAAGGUUGAAGAAGUCAACAGAGCAGGUUGAGGAGCGAUUCUCUCAAUUGAUGAAGCUAUUCAAGAAGAAAGAGAAAAUGGAGAAUUGAUCGAACAAGAAUGAAAUUGAACAGACUUUACAAAGAAGUCUAUGAAGAUUUCAAUGCGUGCCUCAGCAUCCAACGGCAGAAAUAUAAUACAUUGAAUAUGAAAAUCAGUGUAUUAUUAUAUCUGUUAAUGUUGUCCAUCUGUUUGAAAAAGCACUUACAGUUGUAACUCACCAAAAGAUCUGCAGUAAAUGGUAUACAGUUAUUUUAUUUUUCUUUAGUUAACAUUCAGUGUUAAAAAAUUCAUAAUUACUGCAAACCAGACACCAAUCAGGCAAUAUUUUAGAAUAUAUUAACUAGAGAAACAUUUGCAGUGUGGUCUACUCUGAAAUUUACAUUAAUCUGUGUCAAGGAAAUAAACAGACACCACAAAGUAGAUAAAUGACGUUUCAUGGUAUUUUCAGUGCUUAAAGCCCUGUAUGAUGCCUUAGAAUUUGUUUUUCAUUAUUUUGGCAAGUUGGUCAUUGCAGUACUAUGGUACUACAGUUGUCGUGUUUUUAUGCAAUUAAAUGAACAAAAAAAAGUAUUUAAAGGACAUUGUAAGUUGAUUUUUGAGAUAUUUGCAAUGCUUUUUAAACCUACCUCUGAACUACAAACGUUUUUAAAUCUUAAACCUAAAUGCUUAUAGGCCUCAAGUUUUGAUCACUUGGAUUUUGUUUUCAUUUUGGUUAUGUGAAUGAGGUGGGUGUAGGUGUAACUUUGCUCUAAAUGUAGAGAUGGAAAAGAUUAAUAUUAGUAUUUUAACUUCUUUUUUUU